ACACACUCCAAUUUCUUAUUUAAUAUAUAGUACAACCUACAUGUUGCAAGCUUCAUAGUUUAUCUCCUCCUAUAUAAAUCCAUUUCAGAAUUGCCAAUUUCAAAUACAUUUUUGUAACAAAUACUAUAAGAAUAUAUCUAGAAAUGGGGAUUCGAAUGACUGAGAUGGUUCAUCAUGCUAAGCAAAUUAUUCGAAGACGAUCUUCAUCAUCUAAGCAGCUGCAGCAAUUUUCAGACCAAGACCCAAGUUUGUUAGAUGUCCCAAAAGGCCAUUUCGCAGUUUAUGUGGGAAAGCAAGAAGAAAAAACCAAACGUUUUGUGGUGCCAGUAACCUUCUUGAAGCAUCCUCUAUUUCAGGCCUUGUUGAGUGAAGCUGAAGAAGAGUUUGGUUUUGAUCAUAAAAUGCAGGGUCUCACCAUUCCUUGUGCUGAAGAUGUGUUUAUCAGUCUGAUUUCUCGGUUGAGUAAUGGCUCUUCAUGGUCCUGAAAUUGAAGUAUAUAGUUAAUUAGCUCAUUGCAAGGUUAAUAUAUAAUAUUGUCUUUUUUGAAGUUCCGUUGAAGGCUUAAGGCAACUGAUAUUUGUAAAUUUACGGGGACUGAACAAAUACUAUAUGUUUGUCUGAGGUCUCAUUCGAACUUUUUUCUUGUAGUGCUUAAUAUUCACCAUAUUGUACACUCUCCUUGUUUAUAAUAUUUUUGAGCUUUCUUGAGAGAGCAAAUUUUAUGCCAACAUAUGUUUAAGGGGAAUAGUGUAA